AUGAGCGACGUCACCGAUGAGGAGCUGGCGGCAUGCGUUGCAACGCUGCAGAAGCUGCACGGAGAGCAAGCUCAUGAGCAUUUCCAGUCGUUGCCGCGCUUUAAGUCGCUGCGAACGGCGUUGAUCCCUCUCAUUGCCGAUCUGCGCGCCAAGUUCUUCCAUGGGAACUCGACGGCGAGUGACAAUUCUCGCCAGGAGCGCAAGAGAGCCAAGAAGGUAGAGCGAGCAAGACAGAAGGCGCUGGAUCAGCAAUACGUGAACAAUACUAAGCUGCGUGCGGAACGAAUCGCGCGGUUAGCGGCUCUGCAGACGCAGAAUCCACUUUUGGCCAAUGUUCCGGACGGAGUCGCGGCGGACGAACCGAUGCUAUUGAAGGAGAAGGGAGAAGAAGAGAAGAAAGAAGAGGAAGAAACGGAGCAACUACAUUACCAUCGCGCGUGUUAUGCGUGUAAAGUCAAGUUCCGCAAGCUGCAUCACUUCUACGACCGAUUGUGUCCUUCCUGCGCCGAACUUAACUACAAGAAGCGUCUGCAAAAUGCCGAUCUGCGUGGACAUGUUGCAGUUGUGACGGGUGCGAGAGUAAAAAUUGGCUACGAGAUUGCACUGAAAUUGCUGCGAAGUGGAGCGACGGUAGUGGCCACGACGAGGUUCCCCAAGGAUGCUGCUUUUCGGUAUGUCAAGGAGCAGGACUUUGAAGUCUGGAAGGAUCGACUGCAGAUUUACGGCAUGGACUUCCGUGAUCUGGGUGUGAUUGACAAGUUUAUGGAUCAUAUUGAAGAGACUCAUGGCAGUCUCGACAUCUUGAUCAACAACGCCACUCAGACGAUUCGACGUCCUGUGCACUACUAUAAACAUCUGAUUGAGUGCGAGGUAGCACCAGUCCCGGAAGACAUGACUAAGGUCAACCAGAUUCUGCGGGGCAAUGCAAACCUUCUUGGUAAUGUCUCAGGUGAGAGUGACAGCGUGUCUGUCAACGGUACGGCAAUGGUUAACACCAGUGGAGCCUCGUCGACAGCGACCUAUAUUGGGUCAACAUCUGCGCCUGCAUCCGUGCACCUAUCGCAGAUGGCUCUUGUUUCUGAAGACCAACAUUCUACGGAGACAGAGAUUUUGUUUCCAAAGGGUCAAGUGGAUAACAACCAGCAACAGGUAGACCUGCGCACCUCGAAUUCGUGGGUCCAGAAAAUCAACCAGAUCGAAACGAUGGAGCUGGUGGAAGUGUUUGCCAUUAACACGAUGGCGCCCUUUAUCCUCAACAAACGUGCUAUCUCUCUCCUCGAAAAGAGCUCGAACGAACGCCGCUUUAUCAUUAACGUCAGUGCGAUGGAAGGCAAAUUCUACCGGACCAAGACGCCGAAUCACCCGCAUACCAACAUGGCUAAGGCUGCGGCAAACAUGAUGACGAGAACGUGUGCUGAAGAUCUUGCCCAGAAAGACAUUUACAUGUCCAGUGUCGACACAGGCUGGAUCAACGACGAGAACCCCCGCGACGUGGCUGUUCGCAUUGCUGAUACUCACAACUUCCAGACGCCACUGGACGAGAUCGACGCUGCCGCUCGUGUUCUCGACCCGAUUUUCUCUCUACAUCAAGAAGGCAACACUGAAAAACCGCUAUUCGGUCAGUUCCUAAAGGACUACGCAGUCUCCGAGUGGUAA